GGGGACAUUAGUCUUGUAAAAUAACAAAUUCACCAUGGCAUCUUGCAGUAAGCCACAUGUAUUGUUAACAUUCAAUUAAAAUCACUGGGUGCUAUUUAUAUUUAUUGGAAACCAUUUAUUUCCUUUACUAAAAAUGCCAGCCUUUACAUUAUAUAAUUAUAAUAAUCAGAAAGGGGCUGCUGCGUGAUGAAUUAAGUAAUGAGAAUGAUUUUAAAUUUCAUUGUUGAUGAUUGAAUAAUAUUUAAUUGACUAUAAUAAUGAAUUAGGCCUAAAUGAUUUGUUUGGUGGGCUUAUUUUUUUUUUUAAAUUGCUAAAAUGCAGUUAUGGCAGUGUCAAUCUCUUUCAAAGUAUUAGGUCAUGGAGACUGGAGGUUCCACAGGUGAACUACUGGCUAUAGUGCACUAUUCAAAAGAUUUCAAUAUGUCAAUAUAUUUUUUUAACCCUAAAAAAAAUUAUCAAUAUUAAUUUUAGAAACAUUUUAGAGAGAUGUCGCCACAUGGCCGCCAUCUUGGUUGACGCGACCAGUUAAUUCUGUCAUUAAACUUAAACUAAAUGUAUCCCUAAAUGAUCCCUCAACCUAACCUGAACCCUAAUUCACUGCAACUAUAAUAAACUACAUGCAAAUGACGUCAUGGUGACAUCUCUCCAAAUUAGCUAGGUUUUUUAAAUCAUUUUUGUCUCCUCUCCGCAUAAGUUAUUUAGUUUCUUAUUUUGUAUUGAAAUUUGAUGUUUUCAUAUAUAAAUUUAUGUGUAUCUUUAACCGUAUUAGCAUACUGUACACAGUUUUACAGUAGUAAUAAACCUAGGCCUAUUUGUAUUAUUUGUCUUAAAUUCUCAUUCACUAGAUUCAAUUGACAAAGACUCUGAUGUACCAGCUUUGGUUUCUGAUAGUGAAUCAGAACUGGAGAAAAAUAAUGAAGAGGAGGAUGAAUGCCAAUGGAAUGAUUUGGGAGAUGAAGAGGAUGAAGAAGAGAUGAAUAUGCUUCAUGGAAAUGUUAGUUGUUUAUUUUGCCAGUGUGUUGAAACCUCAGUCUAUAUGCUUCUUACACACUGCACACAAAUUCACAAUUUUGAUCUGCUAGAGCAAUGUAAAAAAGGGUCCGUUGAUUGUAUUGGUUACAUCAAAAUGAUCAACUUCAUCAGAAAAGAGGUAACUUGAAUUAAGAAAAUAUGUCAGAAAUCAACUGUUUAACUAGUUUAAAGAUCAUUUUUUAUUUGUUUGUUUCAGUUCCCCUUAUAAUAGGGAUGAUAUAAUUAAGUUUCAGUUCGUUCACUUAGACUCUCAUUAAAAAAUAAAGAAUUUUGUCCUGUUAGUGUUAUACAUUGAUUAAUACUAAUUGAAUGUGAGAAUUAAAAAGUGCAUUGUUGUUUUUUUCUAAAUAUUUCUUCUCAUUUGGAUAGAUAUGAUAGGAUAGAAUAUAUUUAAUAUUUAACAUUUGUUUAAUCUCUACAGAUUAUCUUUAUUGAUAAACUUCUUUAAGCAUUGUCAUAGAUUAUGUUUUUUCAAAUAAAUUUAGCAUCCCAUACCUGAGGAUCUUAAAAAAUAUUUGUCUUCAAAAAGGCCGUUAUGGCUGAGUGAUGACUACAUGAUUCCUACAGAUUCAAAUGACUUAAUGCUCCAGCUUGGUAGGUUUCUGAAUUAUAAUUACAAAGCUGAUUGUUUCUUGACUGCAGAGGUUGCUUAACUUACUUUGUAAAACUUGUUAUUUUGAUACUUAUUAGAGUCUCGUGUGCCAACUGUUCCUUUAAGUCUUAUGACUCCUAUUUGGUGUUGCACAUUCAUCCUGAAAAGGGACACAUUUUACAUUUUUGUCUUACCAUGUAGAUCAUACGCAAUUAAUAGUGUUUUCCGUAGCUGCUUAACAAAUUCUAUUCUAUUUAUAAUGGCAUCUCUAUUAGCAUGGGGAAAUUGAUACAGAACUACAAAAAAAAUUGAAUAUAGCGCUGUCAAUUUAUUUUUCGUACACUUACAGUUAAUAUAAACAUUGUAGAAAUUCGGUGACCAUUUUAUUUAGUUCAAUUGUCAAUGUAUGAGGUGACCUCCUCACAACAUGAACAGGCAGCUGACAAAGCCACAAUGUCUAGUGGCCUAUUUCUAUUUUAACUUUACAAAAUGAAAAGAUACAAGCAAUCUUAAAAUUACAACCCUUGUAAAAAACCUUUCAGAGCUAUACUAUUCUGUAGCAAAGGCCUGUGGGUUUGUAAGGAUUAUUUCAUAGUCUAUCAAGUAAAAUUAAGAUCAAUUUAUAUAUAUGAAAUAUAUGUGUAUAUAUAAAAUUUCACAUACUAAUUUUUGCAACUAGACAUUGAAUGGGCUCAGAAUCACCACCAAUCAGUUUUGGAACCAACCAACCACCAUGAAGACUGCAGUCAGCAUGCUUGUGGAGACACAUAUUCAGAGUCUGAAGCUGUAAGUGCGCUAAUUGAAAGAGUACAAAAAGCCGAGACCCAGCGAGACAUUUAUAAAGAUGAGCUUGAUAGAGCUCUAGCAGAUAUCGAGAAACUGAGGUGAGGUGUAUUUUGUAAUAAAAUUUGCUUUUGCGUGUGAGACUCUGUUAUUCAAAUAUAAUUUUUAGCAUUUUAUCAUCAAAAUCGUGUUUUUAAAGCAAUAGUGUCAUUUAAAACUUAUUUUAUACUUUUCCAUUUCAGAAUUACAGGACAGAAUUUAGUGGCCAGUAGCAAAGGUGAAGAUGAAAAUGUGCAAAUUAAUGGUUCACAAUUAAAUGAUGAAGAUGGAUACUUUGCUUCAUACAGUCAUCAUGAUAUUCACAUGUCCAUGCUUAAGGUAUGUACAUGAAAUACACAAUCUCACUGGGAAUUUAUUGUUGAUCUUUUUUAAAGAAACUUUUAAUUCAUUUAUCAAACUCUUAAAAACCCUCUAGCAGAAUUCAUGCUAGUUGCUAUUUGCAUUGGAGAUGGUUCAGAAAUUUAACUUUGAUAUUUCACAUUUUCAAAUAUAUUUUUAAGAAUGAAAAAUAAUUUUUUGCCAGGGAAUGUAUAUUAUAUAAUGAUGAAAAUAACAUCAUUGUAUGACUUGAUUUUCAGUAAAUAUGAAAUUAUAUUACAAUUGGUAAUUAGGUAGUGCAUUUACUGAGCACUUAAAGAGAUUAUUGUAAUAUAAUUUGACUAAAAAUCAAGCUUUUUCCAAUUAUAACCACUUCAUAAAACAUGAAUUUAAGUCCCCUGUUUUUUUAUAUGGGGGCCUGCGUUCAUACUUUGUAAAGUAAAUAAAUAGUGGAACAAGAUAUGUUAAGACUUGAAAAAAAUACAGAACAAUUAAAAGGACAUUUCGCCCAAAUGCUUUCUUCAGCAGACAAUACAAAAUUUAAGUGUUCAUAGAUCACAAUGUAGUUCUCUCAGUUGCUGUGAGAAAAAAAACUGUUUUUUUCUAGGACAAAGUAAGGACAGAAAGCUACAGAGACUUCAUGUUGACAAACCCAAGUUUAUUUAAGGAUAAAUUGAUUCUUGAUGUUGGCUGUGGCACUGGAAUCCUUUCAAUGUUUGCUGUUAAAGCAGGGGCAAAACAUGUGGUAGCAGUUGACCAAUCAAAUAUUAUCUACCAAGCUAUGGAUAUUGCUAGGUAUUUUCAUUUUCACCCUUCUCUCAAUAAAAGAAAUGUCUUUUUAAACCUUAGCUUAAACUAAUAAACUUUUAAAUCUAUUAAUUAUUUUAUUUUUUGUAUACUCCUUCAAAGCUCUUGGUAAAAAACUUUUCAUGUUCAUCGAAAAGUAUUAUUUAGACUUAAUAGUAAAGUUUUGGAUAUUCUCAAAACUAAAUUAUUUCUUUGUAUUAAGUCUUUUCAAAAUUGUAUUUAACAGAGAGAACAACUUGCAUGAAAAGAUUACAUUUGUUAAAGGAAGAUUGGAAGAAGUCAACCUUCCUAUUGAAAAGGUAAAGAUUACAAUAAUUAUUCCCAAUUACAAUUAUUCAGUGAAUAUGCAAAUUAAACUUUUUUUUUUUUAUCAUGCUAUGUUCAUACUGAAUACUAUGAGUUAGCUUUUGCUACAACAGCCAUUUAUUCCUUAUCCUGUGAUUGAUUAAGUGAAGUAAAUCUAUACUUCAUCAUUAUAAAGGGAAUUGUAACAGGAAGCAGUAGAUAAAAGGAUUAUUCUCUAAAUGGCAGGAGUUUUUUAUCAAAAAGUUAGAAACAGAUAUAGAAUUACACUCACUUAAAUAGAAAUAUCUGAUACAUAGCUUAGUAUAAUUAAUGAGAAGUAUUCUUUCUUAUUCUUCCCCCAAGUUUGAUGUGAUUAUUUCUGAGUGGAUGGGCUACUUUCUUCUGUUUGAAGCAAUGCUUGAUUCUGUCUUGUGGGCAAGAGAUAGAUACCUCAAACCAGAAGGAUGUGGUAGGUCUCUUUAAAAUUUGUACUAGGGGAUUUUUUCAGCUAGAGGACAGGAAAAUGUUGUAUGUGAUUCGACAAGGCAGGCUUUAUUUUCAUUAUAUUUAUAGACUUCGUUAAAGUUAUGUCUUUGAUGUGCUGAGUUUGAAAAUGUUUAGCCAUAGUUUGUAUUUGGUCUAAUAUAAAUUCAAGAUAAACCACAAUUAAGAGUGCAGAUUGAUAAAUUUCCAUUUGCAUAUUCAUCAACAAAUAUAUGUUGCAGCAACAAAUGUUGGAAGUGAAAGAAAUAUCUUUAAAUUUCAGCUUAUAAAUGUAAAUUAAUCUUAACCCAUAAUUCUCUAUAAAGAAAGAAACUUUUAUUUUUUAAAAUUUAAACAUGUAAAAUCUAUUAUGAGAAUGUUGCCCCCUUCUGUUGGCAUUUCAACUCUUUUUUUUUUCUCUCACUGAGAAUUAUAUAAAUAUAAAAUAUUGAAUGACCCAUCCUCUUUCUACUAUGUUCAUAAACUGUAUUUUCCAAAUGGUUUAAUUAAUAGAACUUGACAAUAAAAGAAAAUGGUUUAAAUAUAUGUUUGAAAGUGCUCAGAAAGCCUUUUUUAAAUACAUUUUUUAAAAAGUACCAUUUUGCGAAAAUAAAGUACAGUCUUGAUAUAAAUGGAUCAUAGACAUGAUGGGUCCACAGCUCCAAGCUAUUCCUAAUAUGGUAUCUAUUCUUUGUAAAUUUGAUUAUGCUUUUUAACUACAGCUUUUGAGGUGAACAGAAUUUGACCAAAUUUGAUCAGAACCAUCAAUUCAGGAGGGAUGCCCAAAUUAAAUUUGGUUGUGAUCCAUUUAGUAAAUUAACAUUAAUUUUUGUGUCUUUAUCAAAAUGCACAAAAAGUGUUAUAAUUUAUUAUUUAUUUAUGGAAACAUGACAGAAAUUUGCAAUAAAAAGGUUCUCAGAUUUUAAGUUUUCUUACCCUAAGUUUAAGUAUGAUUGCACUCACCUACAUCUCUUAAUCCAAAGGACCUUAACUGAUAAUUUAAAAAAAAAUUUUUGUGAACCAGAAGAAGUUCCAUCUAUUGGUGAACUAGAGGCAGUGCCGUCCAUCAACGUUAGAGUCAUACUUACAUGGAGAAUUAUGUUUUUUUGUUUUAUAUUAGUAUGCAGAAAUCUGAAUCAUGACUUUUUGUGUAAAAUAAACUAGCAUAAAUCUCGUUCUUUCCAGUUUAUCCUGACCAGUUUUCUAUGCUUGUUAUUGGUGUUACUGACACUCAGAUGAGGAAUUCAAAGCUGGACUUUUGGGAUGAUGUUUAUGGUUUUAAGAUGUCUUGCAUGAAGCAUUCAGUGGUUGAUGAGGUGCAUGUCAGACUAGUUAACAAGGAAACUAUUGUUACUGAGCCAGCUGUGAUUAAGGUAACUUGAGAGAAUAAUCAUUUAAUCAUUGUAAGUUAAGUGUAGAUAAAAUAAAUAUUAUAAAGAACACUUAUUAAUUAUGAAAUUUUAAACAACUUUAUAUUUUAAAAUGAAUACUCUUGAUCAAAAUCCUUAAAGCUUUUUUUUUAAGACAGUGUAUUGUUAUUAUAGUGCAUUCAAUAAGCUCACAGCAUUACUUUUUAAUAAGUAUAAUAAUUAUUAAGAGUAAGUGAUUAAAAAACCAAAACAAAUGUAGUAAUAAUCUGUAAUGAUUAUUGUUAAUAUUUCUCUUGGUCUUUAUGAGCUCAUUUGGCCAUAUGUCAACUAGUUAAAAAUGUUCAUCAUUUGCCUGCGAAGAUGAACAAGGCAAUAUUUAUUUAACUUGAAAAAUAGUCUUGACUUGAGCUGUAUUUUGUUAAAAGUGAGGGAGAUUAGCACAAUUCGUCUGCCCCACUCUCUUGUCCUUGCCUAUUUAUUUCAAUUGCAAGACUUAGUCAAGAUGACUGAAAAUAGACCAGGAUGCAUUAGAUGACCAGCUGUAUUUUUUGUGUCAGGGUUUGAUUUCAGAGUUGCCUUCUCCUAGAUGCGUUCCAUCCAUAAUAAAAGAAGAUUCUGAAAAGGUUAUAAUUAUUGAGGACUAUUGGCAUUUUACUAUUCUUUGCAGACGAUUGAUGUCAUGAACUGUAAAGUGAGUGACCUGGACUUUACAUCUACGUUUACUCUCAAAUGUCAAUCUGAUGCAGAAAUCACUGCACUUGUUGGUUACUUUGAUACAUAUUUUGACAAGGGCUGCCAAAACAAGGUAAGCAACCAUGUAAAUUGGAUAACUAACAACUAAUUCAUUUUUGAAUUUUUGUCUGUUGUGCACAAAAAAAUAUUGCGGUUAUCCUGAAAAUGUACGAUAUUUUAAUUAUUAUUAUGUUUGUUUUUUUAUAAAUAGAUUUUUAAGGUGGAAUCAAGUCAGCAUGAUCUUUCACUGAAAAUCUCUCUGUGGGAAUAUAUAAGACAGGAGUCUUUAAUUUUUUAUAAUAUAUGUUGAAAAUACAGAGGGGAAAUAUACAUUGAAAUUAGCAUGGUGGCCAUGUGCGCAUUUUAUCAGGAUAUUUGAUCCAAAGAAAUUUAUUUGACAGAUAAUUGAUUGACAGAAAUUUGAUAGAACGGAAAUUUAGAUGAAUCUUUUUUUCAGUAACACGUUAAAUGAUGCAUCAAAUUUCUUUUCGAAAGCAUUAUUUUGUUUUAAUAAAUGUUCUGCUUCUUUCACUAUUUCAAUUAGGUUAGCUUUAGUACAGGGCCAAUGGUAGCACCCACGCACUGGGAGCAAGCUGUCAUGAUGCUGCCUAAAACUGUAACAGCAACAAAAGGUUUGUAUAGUUAAUAACCUAGAGAAUAAUUGAUUUAUUGAAAAUCUACUUAUUUUUACAUUUUGAAAAUAACAGAUUCUGCCAGGUAAAAAUCUAGAUAAAAAAUCAAAUAAAAGAAGAAAAAGAAUUGUCUCUGGCAGUCUUAAAAUCUUAAGUAAUUUUAGCCUCCUAAAAGAACAAUUUGUAAAAAGUUUUUAUACAUUUUUUUUUGUAAACAGGUUCCUGUUACGAAGGAAAUUAUUUUAGAUGAAUAGUUUUAAGUUGUUUUUGUCGUUUUUAAGGAUCAUUGUUUACAAUUUAAAAAAAAAAAACACAACUUUUUUUCAGACUCAAGCAUUGACUGUAAAAUAUCCUACAGAAAACAUCCCCAGGAUGUCAGGGGAAUUAUAAUAAAUUUGACCAUAGCAGGACAGAAAUUGAAAUAUUCUUUAUCAUGAUAAUAAAUGAAAGCU